CAGGGGCGGACUGACAACUCAUAGGGCCCCCGGGCAAUAGGGGAUCAUGGGGCCCCUGUGUCCUUGCCCAAACUCAUAAAAGCUUAUGAAAAAGGUACCAGGGGCAUGUACCAGGGGCAUCUCCUGACCCCGGGCCCUCGGGCAGUGCCCGAGUUUCCAAAUGGUCAGUCCACCCCUGCUGACUAUUCACUGCUAGGAUUUGCUUCUAUAACUAUAAAGUGCAGUUACUAACCAGAUUCACCCCUCAUUUGCCAGACUGGGUCAUGUGUUCAUCGCAUCUUAAUUUAGCAUUUUUUAUGUGUUC